AUGGUCGCGGAAACCAACAGUGUGGUUCAAAUGAUGAUUCAAAGAGGUAUUAAGCCUGAUACGAUAACAUACAGUUCCCUUAUGGAUGGUUACUGUUUGCCGGGAGAAAUGGACGAAGCGAACAAAGUCUUUGAUCUGAUGAUUAGCAAAGGCUCCAUGGUUGAUGUUCAUAGUUUUAGCAUAUUGAUAAAUGGAUAUUGCAAGAGUAAACAGGUCGACAAGGCUAAAAAGAUUUUCAAGGAAAUGUGUCGUAUGGAACUAGUUCCGGAUACAGUUACUUAUACCACUCUUAUUGAUGGUCUUUGCAAAACAGGGAGAAUUAAAGAAGCAGAAAAGUUGUUCUCUGAGAUGCAAGGUUGUGGCCAAGUUCCAGAUGUUCAAACUUAUACUGUUUUACUUGAUGGACUGUGUAACAACCAACAACUCUCUAGGGCAGUUGAGUUGCUUAAAGAGAUGGAAUCCAACAAAUUGGAACUUGAUAUUGUAGUUUGCAGUGUUGUUAUUGGAGGUUUUUGCUAA